CUCCAACCGACGAGACAGCAGCAUCCCUUGCCAAGGAACCUCAUUUUUCUCUUCUUUUCCUCUCCUUUGCUUCCAACGGGGGAGGGCCUACCUAUAGAGAGCCUCGACCGAAUAGACGGACGGGGGAAAGCGCGCGCAAGGGGCCUGUCGAUAGAGACAGCGAAAGCCGGGAAAGCGCGAGAGCAUGCAAAGCGGCGCUUCGUCCUCGUCACCUCCACUGCGGUCCCUCUCGAGCACCAAGGUGUCGCCGGCCGUCACGACGGCGACGACGCGGACAGUUGACAGGGGCGGUGGUGCAACUAAAGGCGCUACGGACACGCUCUCGGCCUCUGAUACGCUCCUCGACGUCAUUGCUGGCGACAUUGCCGCUGAUCCCGUCCCGACUACCUCGCCCCAGUCGCCGCCCGCGGCGCUGCCGGUCGUGUCGCCAGACUACGCCCAGAGGAGCGUACCAAACAGGAGGGGACUCACCCUGGCUCGGUCGGCCACCAUUGCAGGCGAGGGCACGUACGCGGUGCGGCCGACAGGCAGCCCUCCGUCGAGGAUGCACUCAUCAGGCGCUCUGUCGCCCCCGGCAUCCUCCCGGCUUACCCCUGCGGUCGGACCUUCUUCAAGCUCGGGACUCGGGCCCGGCGGUGCAGGGACAACAUCAGGGAUAGGAUCCGCCGCAACAGGGUCAGCAGGAGCAGCAGGGGCGGCAGGAGCGACAGGAUCAGGAGGAGGCGGAGGUGUGGGAAAUGGGCCAGCAUCGACCAGGCCAGGGCUGGGAGGUGGACUGGAUCUAAAGGUCGUCAUUCUGGGCGCACAAGGCGUCGGAAAGACGUCGCUGGUGCACCGCUACACGUCUGGCCAGUUCAAUGCCUCGUCGAUUCCCAGCACAAUAGGCGCCAGUUUUCUCACAAAGAAGCUCAUCAUCGACGGCGUCAAGGUGCGACUCCAGCUCUGGGACACGGCGGGCCAAGAGCGGUUUCGGAGCAUGGCGCCCAUGUACUAUCGCGGAGCCAACGCCGCCGUCAUUGUCUACGACAUCACAAACCCCGCCAGCUUUGACGAUGUGCGGACCUGGAUAGAAGAGCUCCGCAAGAAUGUCCACACGGACCUCGUCAUCCACAUUGUGGGCUCCAAGGUCGAUUUGGCGUCGCGGUAUCGCCAGGUGUCCCUCGACGAUGCCCAGCAACUCGUCACAGGCUGGACCCGUGCCCUGUCACCGUCGGCCUCUCCACCUAGCAACCCACUCUUGCGGUCGCAGUCUCAAAAAAGCGCGCCGACCAGCUCGUUCCGAAAGUCCCCUGGCGGUGCCUCGACGAGCCCCACAUCGCCCGGUCGCGACUCGUUGAGCGGCGAUGCGCCUCCCACGAGCCGGCUGGCUUCUGGCUUUGGGAGCCUGGCUGCCAUGCGGAGAGGCCUCAUCGCAACCACGACGACGACGACGACGUCAAACGAGGACGAGGACGGGGGCAGUGGGUCGGGCAAAUCCAACAAUUCCUCGACGAAGGCCGCCGACGAAGCAGCAGCCGUCGACCGGGGUGUGGGUCCCGAGGGUGCAUGGGACUUUAUCGAGGUGACGGAAGUCUCGGCAAAGGACAACGAGGGCAUUGAGGAUGUCUUUGUCGGCCUCGCCACGCGCCUCGUCGAGCGCAGGGAGCAGAUGGAGGCCAUGGCGACGCGGCGACGGCAGAAGCUGGCAGGCCAGCACGGAGCAGAUAGAGACAGCAUCUUUCUUGGACAAGGCACGGACAGCGCCGAUGGCUUCUCCAGGGCCCGCGGCCAGGGAGAUGCCUCGGGCGCAGCGGCGGGCUCCUGGUGUUGCGGCGCUUGAUGCAUCCGCGACGGUGACGAGAAGAAACGACCCAAACGACCAAAAGAACGACCGAUACGAACCUCUCUCUCUCAUACAAACAAACGAGCCUCCAUUCCAUCCAGUCGUGUUCCUCAUUCUAUGCUAUCCCCCUUCUACUACAACUACAACUACAACAGCCACUACAACAGGCAUCCAUCGCAUCGCUCUCCCAUCACGUAGUCUGCAGCAGUAGCAAGUCCCGCUACCCAUCUUUCUCCUUCUUCUCCUUCUUUUCCCUCUUUACCCCUUUUCGGCUUCUUCUUUUCAUUUCCUCACGACGACGACGAUGAUGAUGAUGAUGAGAAAGAUGUACAUUAUUCUCCUUGCCGCUCCUCUACUCAAGCU